GGAUAAUUUGCAUUAUCCUAUUAUCCUUAACAUCGCAGUUUUGGCAUACUGCUGCCAUGUAAACUGGCUUUUAACGCAGUACCCAUGAAACCGUACAUUACGAGUGUCUUUGAAUGCAACAGUAGCCUUCAGCUGUCUGGGAACCGAGCAGCUGUCACACUUCUGUGUGUGCCCCUAGAAAACGACACGUAUUGUUAUUUUUAAGAGGCUUUGCCAGAAUGGCUCGCGGGCAUCAAAAGCUGCAGUCUCAGCAGAAAAAUGCCAAGAAACAGGCGGAGAUGAAAAAGGCCAAGGGUCACGAUCAAAAGACGGCAGCCAUGGCAGCGCUAGUGUUCACCUGCGCUGUGUGCAGGUCCCAGAUGCCCGACCCAAAAACCUUCAAGCAACACUUCGAGAGCAAGCACCCGAAAUCCCCUAUGCCCCCUGAGUUAGAGGGAGUGGAGGCAUAACCGCUCACCCUGGAUUUCCUUCACGGCCCUGCACCGACUCUGCACUUGGUCUCAGUCUGACAGCAAAGGAUGAUUUUAUGUAAUUAACAUGAAGCAGUUAACUUCAUUUCGGCUUUAAACGGGCUGGGUUGCCUUUAACGCGGUGCUUCCUCCCAUCCAGUCCUCUUCUCGCUUGUGUUUAAUUACAUGCAGAACUAAACUUAAACACCCGUUUUAAUUUCAGGGCCACUGAAGACCGAUUCAAUCCAAGUGGUGAAGGUUUCUCUCUUCAUUCACACAGUUCCUCUGAACAGAUGCCUCGCUGCCCUGAUGUGUCUUGCUGCUAAUGCUCGUACCUCUAUAUCUGAGCCUUUUGAUGGGUUAACAUGACACAUGAGGUAAAAGGCAAACGGCUUCCUUAAACAAAGCAUGGAUUUCGCUUGGGUGGGAGAAUUCUGAUUUUUAUAUUUUCUGCAAUCAAGAGAAUGAUAUAACAAAUGUGUACUUUGAGUAUUGGAUCAAAAAAGGAUCAUAUUCUCAUAUUAGUUGUUUAAUAUGGAAUUAUUCCACAGUGCUGUCUGCCAUAUAAUACUGCAAUCUUUCAUUUAAUAAGAACUUUAUGUUGGGUCACAAAAAUGUGAAGUUUUUCCCCAUUUCCAAGCUGCUACAUGAGUUGUAAGUUAAUCCGAUUUAAUGGGAGCGUGUCAGCAACAUAUGUACACUUGGAAAAUGAAUGCUUCAAUGAUGUAUUAUAGCAUUUUAGUAAAUUUUACUUUCUGUAUAUCUGCGUUUCUCUAGAAGGUGUUUCUUUUCAUAAAAUGACAACUUUUCUGCCUGA